ACGCAGGAAGCAGGUGUUAGGCCUGAAGUACCUUCUAGAGUGACUGAUUUUACUCUGUGCUUUCUGCGGAGGGAUGGCUCUUAACAUUCUUUAUGUUCCUUUGUUUCUCUGUUUGCUGCAUAUUGCAACAGCAUCAGAUGCUGAAACUGAAGAUAAGUAUGUGGAAAAAGGCCAAUCUGUUGUGCUGAAAAAUACCAAAGAAAAUACUGAGGACAUUCAGUGGAAAAAUGCUGAACACAUUUGUAAAAUGAAAAAUGGAAAGCCUACUGGAAACUGUGUCUUAGGCAGUAUUGAGAGCGAUGGAUCACUUACUGUGAAAAACACUAAAGAAGGAAGCAAUAAUGAUUAUGUUUUGCAUAAUUAUAAAGAUGGAAAACUUUUAAUAAAAAAAACAUAUAAAUUACAUGUUGUAGAUCCAAUUCCAAAACCAAACAUUCAGUUCAACUGUACAGCAAAGAAUGCAGCCUGCAACAUCACAUAUAACAAGGAUUUACAGUUCAAAUGGAAAUUAAAUGGAAAUGAUCAAGCUCAUAUGAAAUCCAAAAUCUACCCACUUCCUUCAGUCAUCUCACAAGUUACACUGACAUGCAUUGUGAGCUUCAAAGAUAUUCAAAAAGAAAGUGACUCCACAGAUAUAAAAUGUGAUCCCCCCACCAUUGACUUGAACUGGUUCUUAAUAGGAGGAAUUGCUGGAGGAGGCACUGUGCUGAUUAUUCUUUUGACAAUAACAAUUUAUUGUUACUGUCGAAGUAAAAAGAGGCAGCGUCAGGCAGGUGAAAGUCUUGACCUUCCAGUUUUGCCACCAACAAAUCGAAAGAGAGAAAAUCCAUCAAAACCACACUGCAACCACCCAAGGUCUCAGACUCAGCCUCGAACGCAAACUCAGACAAGACCACCUCCUCACCAGCGAUGUCCACCUCCUACUGCAGACCAAAGAAUAAAUGAUGAAGCAGAAGAUCAUCCACCACCAAGACCUAGACCAAGGCAAAAAGCUCCAAGUUAUAAUUAAUAAAAACGUAGAUGACAAGUGUAAAUAUUCCUUGGGCUGUGUUUGAGACUGCGUUCUAUUUCUGGUGUUUCCAUCCAACACUAGUAGGCCCAUUAUAAUUAUUUAUAAAAGUCACUUAAUGUUCAGUUACACUUUUAUACUUAGCUCAUUUAUAGUUAUUAUCAUGUGUUCUGCACCUCUGCUUGAAAGUUAUGGUCGAAAGGUGUCAUUCACCUGAAAUCCUGACACUCAUUUUUGAGUUAAAUAAAGGCAGUGUAUUUACUUUUUUGACUGCAGUGAAGAUCUAAGAAAAACUGUGAGCGAUUUGCAAAAAGUGAUUUUAGGCAAGAAACCAUUUUUUAUUUUAUAAUGGUGCUUAUUAAUGACAUCUGUUAAGUGUUUGAUGAAAACUGAUUGACAAGAUUGUAUCUAUAAUGAAAAGACACAAAACAUUACAAAUUAAAUAGCAAUAAAUAAAAUUAACAGUCCCA